AUGGCUACCUUCAGCCGCAAUUUUCCUGUCAAUUGUGACGUGGAUUUCGACACCAAAAAUGUCGAAAACAAAACUGCAAUUGUCACAGGUGGUGCAAAUGGGCUUGGAGAGGCAUAUGUUCGCGCCCUCGUCGCAGCAGGAGCGACCGUGGUGAUCGCCGACCGUGACGUCGAAGCAGGAAAGAGACUCGAAGAAGAGUUGACUGGGGUGAAAUUCAUCGAGUGUAACACAACCAACUGGGAUGACCAAGUCCAUCUCUUUGAAGUUGCGGCCUCAUUCUCCCCAACCGGCAAAGUCUCCUUCGUCGUUGCAAAUGCUGGUAUCCACCGAAAGGAUGAAGUUUUCGCCUAUGCCGGCGAUGACAAAGUUCUUGAAAAGCCAGAUCUCGCUACCAUCGACGUCAACCUCAUCGGCUCCCUUUACACAUCGAAGCUCGCGUCGCAUUACUUCAUUAAACAAAAUGGACAACAGCCGUCCGAGUCACAGGAGGAUACUUGUUUGAUCUUGAUAGGAUCCGGUGCAGCUUUCCUAGACUGCCCUCGCGCUCCUCAGUACUGCGCUACGAAAUGGGCUAUGAGAGGUAUCAUGCAUUCACUCCGGAGAACGGCUUUCUACUAUGGGAGUCGUGUGAAUGUUAUAUCGCCGUGGUAUGUUAAGACGAAUAUUCUCUCCGAAGAGGAUUUUGCGCACGUCACAAGUGUGGGUGUUCAAUUUGCGGAAGCUUCUGAGGCGGGUGAAUGUCUCCUGCGAAUUCUCAAUGAUAGCACUAUCAAUGGUCGCUCGUUCUUUGUUUCUGGAAAGAAGUGGUCCACAAGAGGGUAUCUGGAUUUGGAUAUUGACGAUUACCCAGGGGAUUCUCUGAUCGAGAGUAUCCAGCGAGACCAGGUCAAGUCGGCUCCUGUUGAGAUGGGGCUCUUUAUUUAG